AAGAGGCAGAGGAAGUUGAAUCUGAAUCAGAAUCUGCGUCCGCUGUGCCUUUGAAAAAACGAUCAGCCUUUGACUCCAUGGAUGAUAAGAACGAUCAAAUUCAAGCUGAGAAAACUGAUGAUAAUAUAUCCAGGAAAAAUAUUCAGGCACUCGAACAGGCAUCUCUGAAAGAUAUUAGAGAUUCCAGCUCACCUAUGAAUCCAUUUUCGGGAUCUCAAGAAAAUAUUUCAGAACCAGUUAACUUUUCUACCGCUAUUCCAUUGACCCAGCCAUAUUCUACAUCUACUCCAACGCAUUAUAAUGAUGAAAAAAGCAAAGACGAAUCGGGAACUGGAACUCUCGAAACUUCAAUGGCUUCAAAUUCAGAUUCUGAAGAUAGAAAUCGAAUGAAAAGAUCAACUACUUUUGAUUCAGCAUCAUCGAGUGUCUACAAAAAGAAGAAAUCAGAUCAUGAUGACACCAUUUCGGCAGACGAAAGUGACAAGACAAAUGACACUAUGAUUACAUUGGAGAAGAUCAAAGACAAGGCAAAGGACAUUGUUGAAGCUUCUGGUCAACAUGAAUCACCGAUUCCAGAAUCUUACAGUUCAGAUUCUAAUUCAAGCAAAGUAUCUUCAGUAAGCAAAUCAAUGCAUAAUGAUGAUCAACAGAGUGGAGGAGGAAACGGUGGAAAAACUGAUCAGAGAACUAAUAAGUUCAUUGGAACUAUUCCUUCAAGUUCAGAGUUGAAAGAACCUCAAAGAAUUUUGGAUCUUUCUGUUCUUACUGAUGAACAACGAGCAGCUGUAUUGGGAUUCCUUUCCAAAAAGUGAGCUACAGGUAUUUUCAAUUACAAAUUAUUAUUUCAACCUUCAGUUACUUAGGUUAUACUAAAGUUCAAAUUACAUAUCUCAAUCAACCAAUAGAAUUCCAAUUACCUUCACUGAAAUCAAAUAGCAAAUCAAAUUUUUUCAAAACAAAUUUCAUUUACGUCACAAUAUGUAACCGUUUUUUCAACUUUCCAAGAGCCAAUUAUGAUCAAGAAUAUUGAUCAAUCUCAUUGAAUUUGAAAAUCAAUUAUUUUUCGUUGCUCUCAAUAAUCUCAAUAAAAGGUGUUCAUUUUAAAGUGAAUUUGACAUUUAAUCUAAUUUCGGGUCAACGAUUAAGUGACAAAGCUUUUAACAAAGUAUAAGUCUAAAAUGUCUGAAAGUUUUUCUAACAAAAGAGUAUCUCGUAAAAAACCUUUCUGUGCUUUCGAUAACUUGUCAUCAUUAUCCCAACCAGUGAAAUCCAUUUCUACAAGUGAAAAAGUGAUCCAAAAAAGUGUUGUUAACUCUGAUGUUAACAAAAAUGCAAGUACAUCGCAAUCUCAACCUCUACCAAAGUUAACAACCACCAUUGAAAAACUGAAUGAUAAUCUUGAUUCCAAUGUUGUUGAAAGUGAUCCAAUGUUUCCAACAAGUGGGAAAUCAACAAGAAGAAUCGUGAAUAGUGACCAUAUUUUUGGUGUUUUCUUGCCUCAAAUACUAGACAGCAGCUAUAGCGCGAUACAACAACCCGUUUUGAUAAAAUUCAGAUCAUCUCAACUUUCAGAUUCAGGAAUCAAAUUACCAUUCGACGAAUAUUUCAACUAUGAGAAUAAUUUUCAUAUAAUUGAAAUUUCUGGAAUACGUUUUCAAGCUCAAUUGAUCGCUUGUGGAGAAUCUCCGUAUAUUGUUAAAGAAGUUUUCGAUAGAAACAAGUUAAUUGAACCGAGUUGGAAAUGCUUAAUGAAAAUUAAACGACUAGAAGGAAAAGCUACGUUCAUUGGUCAUAAACCACUCAAAUCAACCACCGAUAAUCCAAUGAAACAGAUUCUAGGUGAAGAAUCUUUAAAGGAGAUUUUCAAAGAAAAAAGAUUCGAGCAUGGUGAUAAUAGUGGUCCAAUUGUAACCAGAAAAAUCAUUUCUUCUGAUUCAUGUGAUGACAAAAUUCAAUCGAAGAAGAAACGCCAAGAAUCUGAUUUCCGAGAACGACUUUCCAACAUUGACGACUCAACUGAUCCAAAAUUAUCAUCGAAUUCAAGCUCAGACGAUUCAACAAAAGAUUCUAAGAGUCUAAUGAACAGUUUGCAAACUGAAAUUGAUAUUCUGGAGCGGAAAAAGCUGGUUCUUUCUGACCUUGAUACAACAGGCUCGAUCUUGAUUUCAAUUAUAAGCUCUUUACGACACAUCAAUGAUAUUUUGUCAGAUAAGAAAAAAAAAGAGAUCGAACUUUCAAACAUCGUUCCGGAAUCGGAUAAAACUUUCAAAUGUACCAGAAAGAAUCGUAUAUUCUUAGAAGGGUUGAUCGAACUAGAUUUGGAUUCAUAUGAAUUUGCUUCUAAAAGAGCAACACUUGGGAAACCAGGAUCUUUUGCUUAUGCGUUUAUUAAAUUCUGUUUUCCAGAAACUUACUUUCGCGGAGUUACACUGGGGAAAAAAAAUCUAGACAAAAAAGAACUAGAUUCCUUGAAUUUUUCUAAAGAGAAAGCAACAAUUUCCAAGUUCCCUCUUUCUUUUAUAUGGGGAUUCAAAGAGCCUUUUGAACAACGAUUCAGAGGCCAUUUUGAUUUCAGUUUGGGGCAGAAAAGAGUCAAAUCUUUCAUUGAUCAUCUAUUCAGAAAAGCAGGAGUUUUUCGAUACACAAACCAAGAUGAAUUCAAAGUUAGGGAACGUAUUACUAAAGAACUAUGUUCUCGAAAUUCAACAUUCAAACGAAAGAUUCGAAUAGAACAUCGAGAUUCAGAAUCUGAUAAAUCAGAUUCGCAUGAAAAUUUUGAGAAAAAUGGACUUUCAAAUGAAUGGAAUGAUUGUUUUGAUGGACUGGCUUGUGAAUAAAAGUUCUUGAUUGUUUCCAAUUUUUUGUAUCUCUAAAAUAAGGAAUUGUUAAUCAAUAAAAAUCACUGUUAAUCUUGAAU